AUAGUACUUUUACAAAACUAGCUAGCAGUAGCUGCUCAUUUCACCUUUCCCAGAGUUUUUUUAUUUUUGAGGAAGAGGCAUGGUGAUGAUGGCAAGUAGUAGUAGUACAAUGCAGAGUGUGUACCCGAGGGUUAGUGGAGCGAAUUUCCACGUUCCGCUAUCUCCCCACUCUCUCGUUCCUGUUUACAGCAACAGCCACUCCUUUUCAAAACUUCGCAAUUCAAUUCAUCUGGCGGCGGCGCCGUUACCCAAAGCUUCGGCGGGGAACGGUGGCCUCACCGACGACGGAGUGUCAUUAGGCACGAUGAAGCUGCCUUUGGACACCGACCUUCAGAGAUUCGAUUCCUUGCUCUUUCAGUGGGCAAACAGCCUUUGCCAGGGAGCCAAUCUGCCCCUUCCUGUGCCUCUCAAGGUGGACAAAAUACCUGGUGGAGCUAGAUUGGGUUUUAUCACCAUUGGGGAUGGGAAAACUGAAGUUCUUGUGUAUAUUGAUUGCUUGGUUUUUCCACCAACUGAAAACUCUGCUCCAAUUUUCCGUGCCAUUAGAAAUGGUCCCUUGAAGGAUAAGGCACCACCAGGUGAGCCCAGAAUUAUGAGAAGCCUUCUUCAAGCUCUUCAGAAGUCAGUUGAAAUCGCCAGAUUGUGAAUAUUUUGUUUGUUUCUAACGUCCUUGUAAUUGUAAGGUUUUGACUUUUGAACCAAAAUGUUAACAUGAAGUAUGAAUUUGAUGUAUAUAUAUUUAUUCCAAUUCAUUCAUCCAAUAUUAUGUUUACUCACUGAAGAGAUCAAUGUUCGUUUAAACUGUCUAAGUGUCAAGAGAUGUCUGGAAUCUCUAACUUCAGUUCUGUUUUGUACAUGAGAAAUAAUAUUUACAUUUACAUUA